AUGAUGUCUUCUCAAGAGCGAGAGACACUUCCUGACGUAGCUAAGCCUAUCAACUACCAUGUCUCUCUUUUCGACUUGCAGUUUGGUGGUUCAUGGGAAUACAAGGGUGCUUUGAAGAUCGAUCUCAAAGUCACUCGUGCUACUAGCGAGAUUGUGCUGAAUUCGAAGGAGAUCGAAGUACAAAAUGCUGAGAUAUUGGGAAAAGAUGGGACCCAAUUGGCCAAAGCAUCCGGAAUAACCUACGACAAGCAAUCGGAGCGAGUUUCUCUCGCUUUCUCGCAAGAGAUUACGCCAGCAGAUGUCGUGCUUUCCAUCAACUUUACGGGCACCAUGAACAACGCCAUGGCCGGCUUCUACCGCUCGAAGUAUAAGCCCGUCGGAGAGCCAUCUGCCGACACCCCCAAGGAGGACGACUUUUACUACAUGCUAAGCACUCAAUUUGAGUCUUGCGACGCACGAAGGGCUUUCCCUUGUUUCGAUGAGCCCAACUUGAAAUCCACCUUUGAUUUCGAGAUUGAAGUCCCCAAGGGACAGACUGCACUGAGCAACAUGCCUGUUCAAUCCGAAAGAGACGGCAACAAGCCCGGUUUGAAGUUUGUCACGUUCGAGAAGACGCCGGUGAUGAGCACCUAUCUUCUCGCAUGGGCAAUUGGCGACUUUGAAUACGUUGAGGCCAUGACCCAGCGAAAAUACCAGGGAAAGAGUAUCCCCGUUCGAGUCUACACCACGCGGGGCCUUAAAGACCAGGCUCGCUUUGCACUAGAAUGUGCUCACCGUACCGUUGACUAUUUCUCGGAAGUCUUCGAAAUUGAAUAUCCCCUUCCCAAGGCUGAUCUUCUGGCUGUUCACGAAUUUGCCAUGGGUGCCAUGGAGAACUGGGGCCUUGUGACCUACCGAACGACCGCUGUUCUCUUCGAUGAAGGAACGUCGGACAACCGCUACAAGAAUCGCAUUGCUUAUGUUGUAGCUCACGAGCUGGCUCACCAGUGGUUUGGCAACCUGGUCACCAUGGACUGGUGGAAUGAGUUGUGGCUGAAUGAGGGAUUCGCAACCUGGGUUGGUUGGCUUGCUGUUGAUCAUUUCUAUCCUGAGUGGAACGUCUGGUCUCAGUUUGUCGCUGAAGGCGUGCAACAAGCAUUCCACCUUGACUCGCUCCGCGCUUCCCACCCUAUCGAAGUACCCGUUCGGAAUGCCCUCGAAGUCGACCAAAUUUUCGACCAUAUUAGCUACUUGAAGGGAAGCUCUGUCAUUCGCAUGCUGAGUGUUCACCUCGGUAGAGAGACUUUCUUGCGUGGAGUUGCGGACUAUCUCAAAUCUCAUGCAUAUGGAAAUGCAACCACAAAUGACCUGUGGUCUGCCUUGAGCAAAGCCUCCGGUCAGGACGUGCAUUCUUUCAUGGAUCCCUGGAUUCGCAAGAUCGGUUUCCCGGUUGUCACCGUGACAGAGGAACCUGGCCAAAUCACUGUUAGCCAGAAUCGAUUCUUGUCUACCGGCGAUGCGAAGCCAGAGGAAGAUGAGACAAAAUGGUGGAUUCCCCUCGGCAUCAAAUCUGGACAAAAGCUAGCAACCGUUGACACCCGUGCGCUCACCGCAAAAUCUGAAACUGUUGGAGGAAUCGGAGAAGACAGUUUCUACAAAAUCAAUAAGGAUCUGUCUGGGUUCUAUCGGACCAACUAUCCUCCCAUGCAUCUGGCAAAACUGGGUCAGUCGCUUGAUCUCCUGAGCACCGAGGACAAGAUCGGUCUGCUGGGUGAUGCAGCUGCCCUUGCAGUCUCUGGCGAGGGCACUACACCCGCCUUGUUGACCCUUUUGGAAGGAUUCAAGGACGAACAAAAUUAUCUUGUUUGGUCCCAAGUCUCUGCGUCUCUGGCGAACCUCCGGUCGGUUUUCUCCCAAAACGAGAAAGUGGCCGAGGGAUUGAAGCAGUUUACCCUGAAACUGGCUUCCCCGGCCGCAGAACGGAUUGGCUGGGAGUUCAAGCCCGAUGAGGACUACCUCAUUGUGCAACUUCGGAAGCUGCUCAUUGCAAUGGCCUGUAAUGCCGGCCAUGAAGGAUUUGUCUCGGAGGCCAAGCGCCGUUUCGAUCUCUGGGCGACCGGAAAAGAUACCAGUGCCAUUCAUACUAACCUGCGGUCAGUGAUUUUCGGCGUCAAUGUGUCGGAGGGCGGCCAUAAGGAAUACGAAGCCGUUAAGGAAGAAUAUAUCCGAACCGACUCUGUGGAUGGCAAAGAGAUUUGCCUGUCUGCACUUGGACGCACGAAGGAUGCUGCUCUGGUAAAGGACUACUUGAACUUCGUGUUUUCGGAUAAGGUGGCUGUUCAGGACCUUCACAGCGGUGCCGUAUCUCUGGCCGCCAACUCGAAGGUGCGGCAUUUGCUAUGGCAGUAUAUCAAGGAUAACUGGACUGCUGUCGAAACACGAUUGUCAUUUAACAACGUUGUGUUUGAGCGCUUUGUCCGCAUGGGUCUAUCAAAGUUUGCCGAUCACCAGAUCAGUGACGACAUUGCGGCCUUCUUCAAGGACAAGGAAACAGGCGCCUAUGACCGCGCGCUCGUGAUUGUUUCAGACAACAUUCGAACCAAUGCAUCCUACAAGGAGCGUGAGGAGGCGUUGGUUCUCGAAUGGCUGCAGGCACACGGUUACGCAUAA